GCCAGUUUAAAAACCAGGGACAGGCUGUCAGCUCGAGAUCAGUCUCUCGAUUUCUCCAUGUACAAACAUGUGGUCAAGGAUUCUUCUCGGUAUUCUGUCCUUGAACUGGUUUCCCAUAGUGUCUUCUGAAACGCAGUAUGUGCUGCUGGUCCCAUCGGUUGUGCGGAGCGACGCUCCACAGACGGCUUGUGUGCAGUUACACAACCUCAGCGAGCCCCUGUCCGUGAGCGUUGUCCUGGAAUAUGGCAGUGUCCAACAGACCCUCUUUGAGGAACCCAUGACAGAGAAUGACUUCUUCAAGUGCAGCGAGUUCAAGGUUCCUCCUGCCACUUCUGAUCCCGUGGCAUUCAUUUCCUUCUCAGCCAAAGGUGCCAGAGUUGUCUUAGCUGAGAGAAGAUCAGUGGCGAUUCAGAAUGUGGAUGGUGCUGUCUUCAUCCAGACGGACAAACCCUUCAAACCCUUCUACAAGCCAGGACAAACAGUGAUGUUUCGUGUGGUCACUUUGGACACCCAGUUCAGACCUGUUCAGGAGACGUAUCCCAGAAUCAUCAUUGAGGAUCCAGAGCAAAACAAGAUCUUCCAGUGGCUGGAGGUGACAUCAAAGCAUGGAAUUGUCCAGCUCUCCUUUCCACUAAUCCCAGAGCCUAUUCUGGGGUCCUACCAAAUUACUGUGGAAAAGAAGUCAGGUGAAAAAGAGUACCAUUCCUUCAGAGUGGAGCAAUAUGUGCUGCCAAAAUUUGAAGUGACAACCACUGGGCCAAAGGCGAUUUCUUUCUUUGACGAGGAAGUCAGGGUGAACGUUUGUGCCUCGUACACUUAUGGCCAGCCAGUGCAAGGGAAUGCCCGAAUAAAUGUGUGUCAGCAGCGCUUCUAUACUCCACUCUGUCAACAAAACCGGAAAAAAACCUGUGAAUCUGCCACUGGACUGCUGGGAAAGGAUGGCUGCCUGAGCACUGUCAUCUCCAUCAAAAAACUCCAGCUUUACCGCAGCUAUGCCAUGAUGUAUGCCAGCCUCAAUAUAGAAAGCAUCGUCACUGAAAAUGGGACAGGUAUCCAGAUCAAGGCCUAUGACUAUGUUUCAGUCAACCAAGAAAAUGACCAAGUGCGGUUCAGGAAUAUGGAUUCCUAUUACAAGAGGGGAAUUCCUUACCAUGGUGAGAUCACUGUGACAAGUGUGGAUGGUGAGCCUGUUGCCAACAGCACUGUCCUGCUGGAGCUCAAUGGAGAUUAUCUGGCCAGCUAUUCCACCAACAAAAAUGGCACUGCUGCUUUUUCCAUUGACACCUCCAACUUCUUUGAUCCCAGUUUAAAGCUGACAGUCAAACAGGCACCAGAUGAAUGUGCAGACUUUAUCUGGGGGAUUGAUAAUGAGCCCAAAGCCUCCUUCCUUGUCCAGCGUUUCUACUCACGGACCAACAGCUUUCUGAAGAUUGAGCCAGUGACAGAGGAGCUCAGCUGUGGCCAGCAGCAAACAAUCAAUGUUCACUAUGUCCUGAACAGAGAAGGCUACAGCAAUGCCACACACACAAACUUCUACUAUGUAGUGAUGACACAAGGAAAAAUUACUCUCAGUGGCCAGAAGCAAGUCAGCAUUUCUGGUGCUCCCCGAGGUACAUUUUCCAUCACACUGAACGUCACUGAGAAGCUUGGCCCCCGCGCCAGAUUGCUGCUCUACACCGUGCAUCCUCAUGGAGAGAUAGUGGCUGACAGCUCCAGGAUACACACUGAUAUAUGCUUCAAAAACAAGGUCCAGCUCAAGUUCUCUGAGAAGCAGGGUCUCCCGGGCUCUAAAGUUGGACUCCACCUGGAAGCUGCUGCCAGCUCUCACUGUGCCCUGCGAGCAAUUCAGAGCAUCUUUCUUCAGUCUGGGCAAGAGUUAUCUGCCGAGAGUGUGUACUACCAGCUUGGUGGGGGUGAUUUAUAUGGCUAUUACUACAAUGGGCUCAACCUGGACGAUGACAGGCCACAGAUGUGUACCCCAUCCAAAACCAUCUUUUCUGAUGGCUUGUACUUUGAACCUGUGAAUGUCAGCCGUGAUGGAGAUGUCUACAGGAUUUUCAGGGGUAUGGGUCUGAAAGUGUUCACCAACUCUGUGCUGCGGAAACCGGUUCUGUGCAAUGAGGAGACACCAGAUACGGAAAAUUACCCUUCUCACUACUCUGACUCCAAUCUCAGGGCCUUAGGUGAGGCAGCGAUUAUUGGUGCGGGUGGUGGUUUCAGCAGUGUUCGGAAAUACUUCCCCGAGACCUGGAUUUGGGAACUGGUGGACACUGAUUCCAGGGGAGAGGUCAAUGUGUCUUACACCAUUCCUGACACUAUCACAGAAUGGAAAGCCAGCGCUUUCUGUGUGCAGGAUGAUGCUGGGUUUGGCAUCUCCUCACCCGUUUCCCUGACAGCAUUCCAACCAUUCUUUGUGGACCUCACCCUGCCCUACUCUGUCACUCGAGGAGAAAAAUUUAAUUUAAUAGCCAAUGUCUUCAACUACCUCAACAAGUGUGUCCAGAUCAGUGCCAUACUGGGACAGUCAAGCGACUAUGAGGCAGAGAUCCUUUCAUUGGGGGGCAACACAGCAACGGUGUGUGCCAAUGAAAGAAAAACAUAUAUUUGGGCUGUUAGCCCCCAAAAGCUGGGUGAGGUGAAAUUUGUGGUUACUGCUGAGGCCAAACUGAGCACCAGAGGUACUGGAAACAGCACAUCUCCAGAAGACAAGACCAUUUACAGGGACACCUUGAUUCAAACCCUACUUGUUGAGCCUGAAGGUAUUAAAAAGGAAUUGACUCAGAGCUCCCUCGUCUGUGCAAAGGGCAAAAAGAUUUCUGAACAGGUGUCUCUCAGCUUGCCAAGAAACCUAGUGCAGGGAUCAGCCAGAGCUUAUUUUUCUGUCAUUGGAGACAUUUUGGGUACAGCCCUGCGGAACUUAGAUAACCUCCUCCAUAUGCCUUAUGGCUGCGGAGAACAGAACAUGGCCUUGUUCACACCCAACAUCUAUGCCCUGGAUUAUCUGAAUAAAACUGGGCAGCUGACUGAAGAGAUUAGAAUCAGGGGUACUGGUUAUUUAUCCACAGGCUACCAGAAACAGCUAUCAUACAAACACCGGGAUGGAUCCUACAGCUCCUUUGGGUUACGAGAUAGAGAAGGGAGUGUAUGGCUCACUGCCUUUGUGUACAAGUCACUGGAGCAAGCCAAACGCUACAUCUACAUUGAUGACAACGUCCAGUCUCAAACUUUGAUCUGGCUAGCAAGCAAGCAGAAGUCAGAUGGCUGCUUUGAAAAUGCUGGAUCACAUUUCAACAAUGCUUUGAAGGGUGGAGAAGAAGCUGAAUACUCCCUCACAGCCUAUGUUGUGGCAUCAUUGCUGGAGGCUGGACACUCUGCUGCACAACCUGUCGUUCGGAGUGGCAUGAACUGUCUGGAGACUGCAUUUAACAGUGGGGUCCACAACCUGUAUAACCAGGCCCUCCUUGCCUAUGUUUAUGGCUUAGCUGGCAGAGAGGAAAGACGCCAGUUCUUCCUCGAGCAGCUGGACGGGGCAGCUGUCAGGGCUGGUGGAUCUAUUUACUGGCAGAGAGAAAACAAGCCACCAGCAGAACGUUUUUCUGACUUCUAUUCACGUGCCCCCUCUGCUGAGGUUGAAAUGACCAGCUAUGUGCUCCUGGCUCUGCUCAACAGAACCAAACUCACUCCAGAAGACUUAUCUUAUAUUUCCCGUGUUGUGUACUGGCUUAUCAAACAACAGAACCCAUAUGGUGGCUUUUCCUCCAGCCAGGACACUGUGGUUGCUCUCCAAGCUUUAGCCCAGUACGGAUAUCUCACCUUCUCCAAAAACAGUCUUAAUACAGUCAAAGUCCACUUCAUGGAGACCCCCAGUAAGAUUUUCCAGGUGAAUGACAAGAACCGCUUCUUACUGCAGCAGACUUCCUUGCCCACUAUUCCAGGGAGUUACAGUGUGGAGGUGAAUGGCACUGGCUGUGUCUAUCUGCAGACCACCCUGAGAUACAACAUCCAUUUGCCAAAAAAAGCUGCAGGAUUCUCUCUGUCUGUAAGGACAGCAAAUGUGUCUUGCACAGGCAACUAUCCACCAAGGUUUGACCUUGUCCUCUCUGCCAGUUACACAGGAAACCGCAGCGUCUCCAACAUGGCUAUUAUUGAUGUGAAAAUGCUCUCAGGAUUUGUUCCUGAAGAAUCUUCCCUGAAAAAGCUUCGGGACGAGAAUUCUGUUGUGGAUCGUGUAGACAUCAAGAACAACCACAUACUCUUCUACCUUCAGAAGGUCUCUCAGAAGGAAAUCAGCUUCUCCUUUGGUGUGGAGCAAAGCCUGGCUGUGUCAGACAUCAAACCAGUGCCUGUACAUAUAUAUGAUUACUAUGAAACAGAUGAAUAUGCCCUUUCAGAGUACAACACACCCUGCUCCCCUUCUUCCAGCUGAAAUCAGAUGUGUGCCAGAAGAGGUAAUGAUUCAAAAAUUAUCAGGCAAGCAGUUUUAGAACAAGAAGAGGAUAAGAGGCUUGUUUUUUUUCUGGAAGCACAAUGAAAAACAUGUAGAAUAAUGAGGAAUAAGCAAAUCCCAUAUUGCUGUAGAUCAGAAUGACCCACACUUCAAAGAGAAUUGGGGUCAAUGUGGAUUAGAAACUGCAGAUAAAGUCCUCUUCCUGACAAAGGAGAUACUGUGCAAUUGUUGACUCUGACCACCCCUCUUGUUUUGAAACUCACUACAUAUUCCAGUGGGAGAUUUGUGUAAAGGUAAAUGCUUGAGAUGUGCUCUGGGCUGUAGAUUCCUCUUAAGAAAUUAUAAUCUCAGAGAAUAAUGUACUGCUGCUUCUGCAGAUUUUACUUGUUUUGGUCUUUCCAUUGUCCAGAAGGAAAAUCCUGAAGAACUUACUUUGAUCCUUACCUUUUUCAGCAAUUGAACUGAAUCAUCUACAGAUGACAGAAUUCUAAUCCCAGGAAGACAACUCCUGUGCAAGUUUUGCCUCUAUCUAGAAAGACAUAUUUUCUUCAGAUUAGCACCUCAUAUUUUACUGCCCUUUGUAAUAAAACAUUCUGCUUGGCAA